UGGCCAACCUGGGCCAUGUUCUCGCGCGUCGUCGCACGUGUCGGUGUAAGUGUGCGCUGUCGCCUUGUGAGUCAGCAAAACGGGAACGGGAAGGGAGUUGGCGAUAAUCUGUUGUCGCGGCUGUUACGAGGAUCGAGCACCGUCGGGAACGGUGGUGGUGAGACCCUGCACGCGACGUAUCGCGGUGACCGCGCGAGUGAAGUUGUCAACGUGCCGAACGAAGCGACGAUGUCGGGCGACGAGAAGCCGUUUCGCCGUCUGCCGUUGUGCGUGCGUCCCUAUCACUACGAUAUCUCGCUGACGCCGAAUCUCGCUGCCUUCACCUUCGACGGAACUGAGAACGUGCACCUCAACGUGGAAAACUCGACUGAUACCAUUGUGUUGAAUUCUUUGGAAAUUAAUAUAAAAAGCGCGACUUUUAACGGGAACGAUGGUAAGACCAUUGCUGCCGAGAAAAUUGAACUGUCAGCCUCCGAAGAAACGGCCAUGUUGGUAUUUCCUGAAGCUCUGCCGUCCGGUAAGAGCGGAUACCUGAAUAUAGAAUUCGUGGGCGAGAUCAAUGACAAGAUGAAGGGCUUGUAUAGGAGCAAAUAUACCGGAGAGGACGGUACCGUUGAACACGCGGCGGUUACCCAGUUUGAGCCGACAGAUGCUAGACGUUGCUUCCCAUGCUGGGACGAACCAGCGCUCAAAGCCACAUUUGACAUUACGCUAAAAGUACCACGCGGUCUUACAGCACUUUCCAAUAUGCCUGUGAAAAGCAAAAUUACAAAUGGCAACUACGAGACAUUGACUUUUGAAAGAACGCCUAUUAUGUCGACGUACUUAGUGGCCGUAGUAGUAGGCGAUUUCGAUUACAUCGAGGACAUGUCUAGUGACGGUGUGUUAGUUCGAGUUUACGUGCCCAAAUCCAAGAAGGAGCAGGGCCAGUUCGCUCUGGAAGUGGCCACCAAAGUGCUGCCUUAUUACAAGACUUACUUUGGUAUCGCAUAUCCCCUGCCGAAGAUCGAUCUCAUAGCGAUCGCCGAUUUUUCGUCCGGCGCUAUGGAAAACUGGGGACUCGUCACGUACCGCGAGACCUGUUUGCUCGUAGAUCCGAAGAAUACAUCGGCGGUGCGCAAACAGUGGAUCGCAUUGAUAGUGGCGCACGAGUUGGCGCAUCAAUGGUUCGGCAAUCUCGUGACGAUGGAAUGGUGGACGCAUCUGUGGCUGAAUGAGGGCUACGCGUCAUUCGUAGAGUUUCUCUGCGUCGCCCAUUUGUUCCCACAGUACGAUAUCUGGACGCAAUUCGUGACGGACACGUACAUCCGAGCGUUGGAACUGGAUGCUCUGAAGAACAGUCAUCCGAUCGAGGUGCCGGUCGGCCAUCCGUCGGAGAUCGACGAGAUCUUCGACGACAUAUCGUAUCACAAGGGCGCAUCUGUGAUACGCAUGCUGCAUGCGUACAUAGGUGACGACGAUUUUAGGAAGGGUAUGAAUCUAUACUUGAAAAGGCACAGCUACGCCAAUGCGGAGACCGAGGAUCUCUGGGCCGCGUUGGAGGAGGCCAGUAACAAGGCUGUGCGUAAAGUGAUGUCGUCGUGGACCAAGAGACAGGGUUUCCCCGUUGUCAAGGUCGACUUUCGCCAAGAGGGCGACGAUAGGAUCUUAUCAUUGUCUCAGGAGAGAUUCUUGGCUGACGGAUCGGUGGACAACAAUGCAGAUAAUACGUGGCUCAUACCGAUAAGCGUAACCUCUGCGAAAAAUCCGAGCAAGACGAUAUUCGACGGCAUUUUAGAUGCGAAAUCCAAGGAAUUUGUAAUCCAAAACGUUCCCGAGGGCACAUGGCUGAAGAUCAAUCCUGGUACAAUUGGCUUCUAUCGAACCCGUUACAGUCAAUCCGCUCUGUCGCUUCUGUUGCCCGCGAUUAAGAAUCACACGUUACCUCCUCUCGACAGAUUAGGUUUACUGGAUGAUCUCUUUGCGAUGGUACAGGCGGGUUACGCAUCCACGGUGGAGGUGCUCGAAUUAAUGCAAGCGUUCAUGCACGAGGACAACUACACCGUGUGGUCUACCAUAGUAAAUAUCCUAAGUAAAAUCGGCAUUCUCAUCUCGCACUUAGACUUUGAAGAUUCUUUCAAAGCGUUCGGACGUAAUCUGUUCCGCGACGUUAAUGGGAUAUUAGGUUGGGAUCCUAGGCCAAACGAGAGUCACUUAACCACGCUACUCCGAUCUCUCGUGUUAGGUCGCAUGGCGGCUUUUAAUGAUCAACCUACUAUCGAGGAAGCGAAGAGAAGAUUCGAGCUACACGUAAACGGCACGACGUCGCUCGCUGCUGAUUUGCGAAGCCCGGUUUAUCGAGCUAUACUCUCCGUGGGCGAUGCCAAUACUUACGACACUAUGAUAAAAUUAUACAAAGAGGCCGAUCUUCAAGAGGAGAAAGAGCGGAUCCUGCGUGCGCUCGGCGCGAUCAAGGACGAAGCGUUGCUGAGAAAGGUCCUGGACUUUGCGAUGAGCGAGGAGGUCCGUGCUCAAGACACAGUAUUUGCCAUCAUGUCCGUGGGUCUGUCGUACAAAGGACGUCUCAUGGCGUGGAACUUCUUCAAGGAGAAAUGGAAGACCCUGAUGGAUCGUUACGAGGGCGGCUUUUUACUGGCGCGGCUGGUCAAGUUCACCACGGAGAACUUCGUCACCGAGGAACAGGCCAAAGAUGUGGAGAACUUCUUCGAGGGUCAUCCGACUCCGGGCACCGAAAGAACGGUGCAGCAGUGCGUGGAGUCCAUUAGAUUGAACGCGGCAUGGCUCAGCCGAGAAAAAGACUCCAUCAAAAAAUAUCUGACCACUCAAGUCUAGUAAAGACAGUUUUUACUUCUUUUUCUUUCUCCGUUACCUUAAUAGGACAUUUUGGCAUAAUUCGAGACCGCAUACAAGCCAAACGGUUUUAUUACGCGAACAUUUAUGGUACUGCUUGAUAUUGUGAGAGAACGUUAAUUAGGUACGGACUUGUGUAUGAGAUAAAUAAUCCGAGAAACCACGUGUACGCACGCUUGAAAAAGCUAAUUUGUUUAAUAUUGGUUAGAAAUUUAACCGAGUGAAAAAAAAACAUGGAAGAAAAUACAGUUUUGUAUACACCUAUUAUACCUCAUUGACGAGUCAUGGCGUAAUCCAACACCUUACAGAGUUCUCUUAUCUGUUUAUUUCUUGCCUGGUAUUAGAUUCCAUCAUCAACAUUUAUGGGGGAAAAUUGAAAUAUUUAGAAUAAUCACUUUAAUAUAUUUCAAAUAUUUCCUUCAUUUAUUAUAUGAGGAAAGUUAAAACUGAAUAUUAUAUCAAUACUUUUAAUUCUCAGUAACAUACUGAAGCAAUAUUUGUAUACAAUACUGCUGCAGUAUUUAAAGCAGAAUCUAUUUGAAACAUGAUUUAUAUAUAAAUGUAAUUUAGAAUGUUCAUUUAUAUAUAAAUGUAAUUUAGAUUGUUCAUUUAUAUAUAAAUGUAAUUUAGAAAAGCCAGUCGUGAAAGUUUAAUGCGUUUGUAUUGUUGUUUAUUCAUAUAUUACGUGAGCUAUUUGCAAGAUUUGCUCUCGAUUUUUAGAUAAACUAUACCAACAUGUAAAAGAACUACGUUUGAACAUGGAUCUUUUUAUGAAAAAAAAAACUACUAUUCUGUUUAUUAAAAUAAAAGGUCAAACUUAAAUCCGAUGAAUAAUUCGAAA